GGCUUCGAGACCGUUACAUCACCUCCCCGCCAAUGAUGAAAAGAUUCGUCCUCGAAUCGAAAAAAAACCAACUAACCUUCGAACUGCACACUUAAAAUUUUAUACAAUUGUUUAUCUCUUUUUUUUUUGAAACUGGCGACUACACGAAUGGUGAUAGUGUGAUGUUUUUAUCACAUAGGAAAAAUACAAUCAUUAGUAAAAUUGAGGAACAAUCAUUAGUAAAAUUCUUUACAGAUAUCCAUUUGUUGAUAACGACGACGACGAAGACCCAGUGGAAUUUGUGACCGACAACGUCGCCGUCACCGAUGACUCUUCAAGUGAUGAAGAGGACGAACCUCAUGACAACAGUGACGAUGGCAACCAAGAAACACCGCACGAAUCUGCUCAUACUGCUCUAGACUCAAGUGAAUCCAUUAUUGAAAAUGACGAGUUUGAAGACGAUUUCGAUUUGGACAAUGAUGCAUCUAAUACACUGACUUCACUCGUUAUCAAUCAGAAUGAUCUCUUCGAAGUAUUAGUAGGUGUCUAUACUUCGCUGACACAUGUUCGUCAAGCGGUAAAAUUCAUUCGAAAUCAUGGAGUCGUUGAUGCAAAAUCGGAAUCUCCGCUUGUUUCGACACUCAAGAAGGCUCUACGUGCCCAGUUCAAAAUUCAUUUUAUUGACAAAAUGUCGCCUGCUCAAAAAACAUGGAUGCAGGUUUCCUCAACAAUGACUGCAGCAGCAAAAAAAACCUUGUUCGAUAAUUUAUCAGUGUUGUGCGGUGUGAAACGAUCGAAUGGUACAUUAAGACUGGCGAAUAAGAAGCAGCUCACAAUCGACGAGGAACUUUGCCAUUAUGUGAAAGCUGUUCAAUCGGCAACGGAUUUUCGACAAUUCUGGCUCGACAAUGAAUUAUCAUUACCACGAUUAGCUCAUUUAGUCCAUCAGUACAAUGCGGUACCAGCAACAUCUGUUGCUAGCGAAAGCAGCUUUAGCGUUGCCGGAUACAUUUGCCGGAAACAACGAACUUCUCUCUCUCCAAAGGCCGUUCAAUACUCCAUGGACCUGAAUGUUCCAGGUCUCAAUGGCACAACCUUUUGA